AUGGUUGGGUACAGACGAGCUGCAGCUCAUCCACCAACAUGCCUCCUGCAGCUGCAGCUCAUCCACCAACAUGCCUCCUCCAGCUGCAGCUCAUCCACCAACAUGCCUCCUGCAGCUGCAGCUCAUCCACCAACAUGCCUUCUCCAGCUGCAGCUCAUCCACCAACAUGCCUCCUCCAGCUGCAGCUCAUCCACCAACAUGCCUCCUGCAGCUGCAGCUCAUCCACCAACAUGCCUCCUGCAGCUGCAGCUCAUCCACCAACAUGCCUCCUGCAGCUGCAGCUCAUCCACCAACAUGCCUCCUGCAGUUGCAGCUCAUCCACCAACAUGCCUCCUGCAGCUGCAGCUCAUCCACCAACAUGCCUUCUGCAGCUGCAGCUCAUCCACCAACAUGCCUCCUGCAGCUGCGGAUCAUCCACCAACAUGCCUCCUGCAGCUGCGGAUCAUCCACCAACAUGCCUCCUGCAGCUGCAGCUCAUCCACCAACAUGCCUCCUGCAGCUGCAGCUCAUCCACCAACAUGCCUCCUGCAGCUGCGGCUCAUCCACCAACAUGCCUCCUGCAUUUGA